UCAAGGUUCCGUGUGCGUGAGGACCAAGGCUCUGGCUCUCUCCCGUCUCUUUUGACGAUGUGCGACAGUCGAGAAUUCUGCCGCUCGUCACGUGACUCGACAAUCGGGAUCAACUUCGACGCCCUGGGCGACGUGGAACACUUCGAGCACGUCUCUGGCGACCUCUUCGACCUCUUCAAGUCGGGAGAGAACUCUGACGUGGUGUUUGUAGUGGGCGAGAUGCGUUUCAAGGCCCACCGCAUCAUCCUAGCCGCCAGAUGCAGCUAUUUCAAGGUCCUCCUGUUCGGAGAGAUGAGGGAGGCGAGGUCGGGGGCCGAAAUUCCAAUCGUGGACACGACCCCCGACGCAUUUCAUUCCCUCCUGGAGUAUAUCUACUCGGGGAGGAUUUGCCUUGCUGAUCUCAAGGAGGAUGUAAUCCUGGACCUGCUGGGACUGGCCAACAAGUACGACUUUGCUCCGCUCCAGACCUCCAUCAUGGCGUUCCUGAGAGCCACACUCAACGUCACCAACGUCUGCCUCGUGUACAACGUGGCCAACUACUACCAGCUCCGCGACCUCUGCUUUGCCUGCAGCACCUUCGUUGACGGCCACGCCGCCGAGGUCAUGAAAUCAGACGGCUUUCUCUCGCUCUCUCUCUCGGCGCUCACCGAGCUAUGCAACCGAGAUUCGUUCUUUGCACCGGAGAUAGACAUCUACCGCGGGAUAGUUCGCUGGGUCGGGCACAACGAGGUGGAGACUGAGGUUUCCCGCAGACUGCUGCAAGUCGUGCGGCUGCAGUUGAUUCCAAUGGAGCACCUCCUGGGAGAGAUCCGGGGCUCGAAACUGUUUGAUCCCGAUCACAUCCUGGACGCCAUUGCCAUGUGCACUACCAAACGCUCCAUAGAGCUGAGACAGAGAGGCCUUCUGAUUCCGGAGGAGAACAUAGCUACCUCCCAGCAUGACGCGGUGACGGUGGAGGGCCAGGUGAAGGAUGCCCUCCUCAAUGGAGACACUGAGAACUACAACGGAGAGCAGGGCUACACCACGCACACCAUCAGUCUAGACAGCAGCAAGGGGAUCACGGUCCAGCUCGGGCAGCCCUACCUCCUCAACUGCAUCAGGAUGCUCCUCUGGGACAGAGACAACCGCUCAUACUCUUACUAUGUACAGGUGUCACUGGACAAGGAGCACUGGGUGAUGGUGGUGGAUCGCACAGAGCACCUCUGUCGCUCCUGGCAGGAGCUCCUCUUCGACCCCAUUGUUGUCAGGUAUGUGCGAGUGGUGGGUGUGUACAACUCGAUGAACCGCAGUUUCCACCUGGUGUCCUUUGCCUGUCUCUACACAUUCAAACCAUUCAGACUCACCAAUCGUGACAUCAUCGUUCCAGAGGAGAAUGUAGCCAGUAUAGCAGCCAGUGCGACAGUGUUGGACGGAGUCAGCCGGAGCAGGAACGCCCUCCUCAACGGCAGCACGAGAGAUUACGAUUGGGACUCCGGCUACACCUGCCACCAGUUGGGGUCAGGGUGCAUCAUGGUCCAGCUGGCCCAGUCGUACUGCAUCAGCUCCAUGAGGAUGUUGCUGUGGGACAGGGAUGACAGGACCUAUGGCUACUACAUCGAGGUCUCCACCGACCAGAAGACAUGGACGAAAGUAGUCGACAGAUCUGAGGAGGCUUGUCGGUCGUGGCAGACUAUAGAGUUUGAACAGCAGCCGGUGACUUUCAUAAAGAUAGUGGGGACAAAGAACACGGCCAACGAGGUGUUUCACGUGGUCCACUUCGAGUGUCCGGCGGCCCUCGAUGUCCCCAGUUCCUCCCAGGACAACUCCACCUGCAAACACCAGCUGCAGCCUCAGUCAAUGGACAAUGAUUGAGGAGACUCCACAUCAGCAACUCAACACAACACUUAAACAUUAAUUCACCAUCCCCUCGCUAUUAGCUGGCUUCACUCACUUCACUUGCUGCUGCUGCAUUCAGUGCAGCUCAAUUUUAACCUCCGCAGAACGUGUGUCUCUCAUCUGUUGUGCCGUUUUUUUUCUCAAUUGGUGUACUAUGUGAUUUCAUUGAAAUUUGAUACAGUGACUUGUGACAUGAAGUAUCCUGUGAUCCAAGUAAUACCUGUGAGCUCUAGCAGAAUCAAAGUGACUGAAUGAAACACUGCGUUGUUGUAGGACUACUAUAUAUGAUGGGAGAGAAUGAUGUGGCAAUGCAUUAUACUUUCCUACUUAAGAUGGGAGAAGAGUGAAGUGACAAUACAUGUGGCAAUGUGUAUAAUGACUUUUGUCCAGGGAAGGGCCUUGCUUGUGUUUUGGCUGAAUAUUGUGACAGCCACAGUAGAGAGAAGCAAGGAGCAGUUUUUAGUACUACAUCAUAUACCAGUGGUGCUGUUAGCUGUGAUGAGUAUCUUGACCUACUGCGAGUGGCUGUCAGGAGGAGGUACGGGCUCCUCCGGGUCAACCUUGAGUCGAAACAGUCUGCGAACACUCUGAGACAGAGACGGACGCUUCCCUCGAAAUGCCUGCAGAAAAAUGGAGACAAAAGUAGUGUUUGCUUCACAGAAAGACCCAGAAAGUGGGAAAGUAUUGUUUUUAA